UAGAAAUGACACUCCGAUGAUAUACGUCACGGAGAACGUCAUGCAACUAUCACGCUCUCUAUCGAUAACCCUCCUGAUCGUCAUCCUAUGUGCCUCACAGGGAAUCACCCCCAACGUGGCUCAACCCCGAAAACAGAAAAUGCAUAACCGCAUCGUGGGCGGACACGUUUGCAAAUCGAACUACGAGAUCAUGGUGUCGAUACGUCAAGUACACACCGAGCAGCACAAGUGCGGCGGAACCAUACUGAACCCCAUCUGGAUCCUCACGGCAGCCCAUUGCGAUGCCAAGGGCGAUUACGUCGUUAUUGGAUUGAUUCCCUCCGAGGACUUGUAUUACUUCAAAACUGGUAUGAAGAACCAGAUCGUAGAUUGGAUACCCCAUCCGAACUACGACGAGAAAACCAACACCGAGGACAUAGCUCUGGGCCAUCUGGCGGCUGAAGUGAAUCCCGCCGUCUAUCCGAGCAUCCAAUUCGUCUCCCUGCCAGGCGCUUUCAUCUCUGGAGAACUAUUGGACGUCUGCAGUGGCCCAGCUUUGGUCAUGGGCUGGGGCACCACUAGCUUCGAUAAUCCCGUAGUCGAAAGGAAGAUACGGUGCGUGGAUCUACCGGUGAUUUCGCAGAGCGAAUGCGCAGAGGCAUACAGGGCGAUCAACCACGAAACGUUCAUCACCGAUACCAGCGUCUGUACCCACACCGAGGAAGAAAAAGACGCUUGCUCGGGGGACUCGGGGGGGCCUUUGCUUUGCGAUGGGGUGCAGUACGGGGUGGUGUCGUGGGGCACCAACUGUGCCCAGUUUCCGGGGGUGUAUACCAGGACGGACAGGCAUCUGGACUUCAUCUGGGGCACAAUGUCGACUUUGGAAAGGAGGCAGAUCGUGUCUGGUGGAGUUGCAGUCGCGUCCGGUCGGUUCGCUGUGCUGUUAUUGGUCGUGGUCGAAUUAUUCGUCUGAGCGUUAUAAGGAGCUUGUUGUUGCCGUAUCAUGAAAUUGUUAAUAUAAAAAUCAACCUCUUAUUGUACCAAUUUAUACAGAAUCAUUGUUCUUUGGAAAAUAAUCACAUAAAUAUA